UAGCCAAAAUGCAAUCGUGCUAGAAAACAUGAUUUCUGCAGUUGUGUUUAGUUGUGGACUGCAACUCGCAGUAUCAUCAGUGUUGAUUAGUGUCUGUUUAGCGGCAAUUGAGAAAAAUGAUUUAAUAAUGUUGCAUCAUGUGAUUUAAAAAUAUUUAAGAAAUAAUAACAAAUAGUGCACAAAUUACAUCUGGAAAUACUAUAUUUGAGGGCUGAAAGUGUAUACAAUACAAAAUGGCAUUGCUAAAUAAUUUUGUAUCUUAAAUAUAUACAAGUUACAAUUUAUAACCUAAAAUCGUGCAAACUAAAAGUUCUACAAUAUUUUUUAUAGAAAAUAUUUGAUAAAAAUAUAAUUUAUGAUAGAUUUAAAAAUAUACAAACGUAACUUUAUUUUACAAGAUAAGACUAUGGCUAGAUAUUUGACACAGCGAGUAAUUAUAAAUCUUCUAUUGCAACCUCAGCAUCAGUUGCAAUUGCAGCUUCUGAAACCAGCUUUGCUACAUAUGAGAAAGUGUUUAACCUUUACCAAAUUUGCUUUGCAAAAGAGACUAUCGCACAACAGUAAAGAUAUAUUAGAUCAUACUUGCGAGAUAUCAAACUAUGAUGAUUAUCAGAAAAUUUACCAGCCUGUGUUGCGGAUUAUGGUGCAAACUCUCAAGGAAUUAUUGAAUGUGACAACAUAUCAGGCUAACAAAAUUAUUACAGACAAUCCACAUCUCAAAAAGAAGUCUAGAGCAAAUAUUCUGGAGAAUUAUUAUAAUCUAUUUGAGGCUGGUAUACAAAAAAGCACUAUUGUGAAGAACAGCUGGUUGUUAGCCCAUGAUAGCAAUAAACUCAAAAAUAAGCUGCAUUCUAUUAGUGUUCUUAAAAUGGAUAAUGAUCAACUUGUACCAUGGCUACGUUUGACUCAAGAUGAAUUAACAAAUUAUGUACAUCAGACCGAAUGUGAUACGAAUUCCUACACAAGAUACAACAAGAUUGAAUAUCUUGCACAUAGAUUAGAGUGUACCAUACAACAGUUAUGUGAAAUUACAGUACAGUAUUCAUUCUUACUAAAAACCCCAGUUUCUUCUAUAGAAAAGAAAUUGAACAUAUUAAAUGAAUAUGAUAUAAGCAACAAGCAUAUAUUAAAGGACUUAUGGGUACUUCGAUAUAGUGAAAAUCACAUUCGUCAUAGAUGUGAGUUGUAUAAAGAUGCGGGAAAUUUAGAGAUAAAAACAUGGGCUAUAAGAUGCCCACUUAGAGUUAUAGCAAGGGCUAUUGAAAAAAAUCACAUAAAACACAACUUUUUGCGGAAUCAUGAAACCGUUAACGAAUAUUUGAUGCGUAAAUUGAAAAUUGACGAAACAACUCUCAAUCUUGCUUUAACAAAAUGGCCAAAAAUUUUGCGGAUAAACUUGACAAAAUUGGAUCGACUGAUUAGCAUAUUGCAUCAUAAUGGAAUUACUAGCGAUGAAAUAUUACAGUAUGAAAGAAUCUUUUAUUUUAACGUAGAAACUGUGCAGAACCGACUUGAAAUGUUCAAGAAAGAAGGUCUUACCCCGAAGAUUCCUGCGUUAAUAUGGUCCGAGCAACAAUUCCAACAGUUUGUAAAAAAGAAAAUUGCAGAACGAGAUUUAUUAGGACCGCAUAAAAAUGUUAGAGAUUUCUUGAUUAGUAAACUAAAUGCGGAUGAAAACUCUCUUGAUAAAGCAAUUAUAAAGGCGCCGCUUCUCUUACGAGUGAAUGUGCACCAAUUAAAUGAAGUGAUUCAUAUGCUACAAGAGAACGGUAUAACAAAUGACAAAAUUCUAUGUUAUCCACGGAUUUUUCAUCACAAUAAGGAAAGUUUGCGCCAACGACUUGAAAUAUUAAGAGAAGCCGGUAUACCGCCAAGGAUUAAUUUAUUAAUAUUCGGUCAAAAAUACUUUGACAGGUGUGUAAAUUUCCACAAGAGAAAAAAUAAAAAGAAAUAGAAAUUAAUGUUGUGUUGAAUUAAUUUUUCCGGUAUUAAUUAUUUUAUAAAAUGAAAAUUUAUUGCAAGAACAGAAAUACAUUGUAAACAAAUCUUAUUAAUUAUAUAUAAUUAUACAAAACCUAUUAAUUACAUACAUAAGGGAUUCAGGAAGGAAAACAAUAUUAUUUAAGGAAUAAAAAAGGAAAGUACUGUAUUAUGCAAAGUAUGAACUGUCUAAAUCUCUUUGGUCUAAAUCUCUUUGGUCUAAAUCUCUUUUUGGUAUUUCGAAACCAAUAUGAAUAGUAAUAAACAAACAUACAUGUAUUACAUACUAAUAAAUAUGUACAGCAAACAAAUUA